CUCGAGGCCACUCUCUAAUGGAUUCUUCUGCUUCAUGCCCCUUUUGUCAUCUCACAUUUCCACUCACACAACUCCAAAGACACGCCAAUUCUCACUUUGACGACGAGGACGAUAACAAACCUAACCCUAAUUUGUCUUCAAAGAUCUCAUUCUUAAUCGGUUCACAAAUUAAAAGCAAUUUUCACAAAAUCAAUGAUAGUUUAGUUUUCUUGUUAAGAAAAUGUUUAGAACAAGAACAUGAUAGCUCGACAACAACUUAUCUAUCGAGUUAUGUGGAUCAUUUUCAGAGCAUUGUGUCGGAAGAUGUGGGAUGGGGUUGUGGAUGGCGAAACAUCCAAAUGCUUUCUUCCUUUGUUAUUUCUGAAAGGCAAGAUGCUAAAGAUGUUUUAUUUGGUGGUUCUGGUUUUGUUCCUGAUAUACCGUCGCUUCAGCGGUGGCUUGAGAUUGCUUGGGAGAGGGGUUUUGAUAUGGUGGGGUCGGGGCAUUUUAAUCAGAGUAUUUAUGGUUCUAGAAGUUGGAUUGGAGCCACAGAAUGUGCUGCACUUUUUCGUUCGUUUGGAUUGUUUGCUAGGGUUGUGGAUUUUAGUGAUAAGGAGUUGGAGAAUCUUUAUCUCUCGGUUCCUAAUACAGUGAAGAGAAAUGAUGUUAAGGGAAAGGGGAAAGCAUGGCAAGUACUGGGACCCAUGGAUAGGUAUUUGGUUAGAAAGAAUUGUGAUGGUAAUGUUGGUGGUGAAAUUUGUAGAAACUCUGUGGAUGGGGGGAGUGGUAAUAAUAUGGAAAAUACGGAGAGUGAGCGCCAUCAAAUUCUCAUGGAUUGGGUGUGGAAUUAUUUUUCAGAUGAAACUUCAAUGAUAUAUGGUCAUCCUCGUAUGAUCAUUAGUAAGAAAUCGCCCUUGUACUUCCAGCAUGAUGGACAUUCACGAACCAUUGUAGGAAUUCAAGUUAAAAACCAAAAGAAGGGUAUACAACAAUACAGUCUGUUGAUUUUGGACCCUGCUCAUAAAACAGCUGCACUGGAAAGAUCUCUCAAGGAUAAUAAAGGAUGGAAGAAGCUUUUAAAAAGAGGGGUUCACACACUGAAGAAGCCACAGUAUCAGUUGUGCUAUAUUGAUCCUGGAAUUGCCACUGGGAAGGAGAUGGAGCAGCUGAAGACAAUAGAUAGCACGUUGGUUACCUUCUGAGGAAUAUCUAGAGAGCUUGAUUGAAAGUUUGUCAUCAACCACCCCAAAGAGGUAAUGCUGCAAGGUAUUACUGAUUAAUGAAAGCAAAUCCGAUUAUAGAAAAGAUGUGGGAUACUUCAACUUGCCGCCUUGCAUUUUUCUUUUAUUUUUAUGGUGUCAGGCUUUGAGAUGUUAGAGAAUGUUGCAGCAAGCAAACCAAUAGGAGUUCUUAGAGGAUCACUGAUAUCCAUGUCAAGUAGAUUCUUCUUCUGCUAUUCUGUUAUUG